AUGAGUCUUGUUCUUGAUAUCAACUACAUUGCGAACAAUGUUCAGACAUAUAUUGAUCGAGAUAAUUUUUAUGAUGUGAUUGAUAAAGAAUUCAUUCCUCAAGUUUUCGAAAAAACAAAUCUUAAUUCAAACGAUUUCGGAAAACUUCUUUCUCAAGGCAAAUCAAAAUAUAAUACAACCACACUGUAUGAACUUUCUCGGAAAUGCAAUGUUAUCGUUAAUUCAUUCGAAGAUGCGAUUAACGUUCUUCAAAUCUACAACAAUCUUUUCGAACUCAAAUCAUCACGCUCAUUAAUUGAUUUCCUUGAGAAAUACAAUGGAAAAAAUCAAUCUAAUUCCAAAGAAAUGACAAAAUUAAAAAACGAUAUUCAAAAUCUCGAAUCAAAGUUGUCAAUAAUGGAAAAAGAAAUCAACGAGUACAAAAAUGAUUUUUGGAAGAUUUUAGAAUUAUGCUCUAAUUCAGAUUUUGAUGCAGUUUACAAUUUCCUUAAAAAACUUUCAGAAGAAGAUGAUAAAUUGAAAAUGUCUAUUUCAUGUGCAGUUGGAUUAAGUGAAAUUCAAAAUCCAGAAGGAUGGACUCCACUUCUUAAUGCAUGCGUUAAAGGAGAUUUACAAUUAACAAAAUCUCUUAUUGAAGGAGGCUGUGAUAAAAAUGCAGUUACUAAAAAUGAAAAUAAUUGUUUACUUCUAGCAUCAUACAAUGGCCAUCUUGAAAUUGUAAAAUAUUUAAUUGGAAUUGGUUUUAACAAGAAUUGGCGAUCUAAACUUGGAUAUAAUCCAAUUCUUCUAGCAUCACAAGAAGGUCAACUAGAUACAGUUAAAUAUUUGAAAAGUAUUGGUUGUGAUGUCAACUCUAAAGCAAAUUGUAAUGCAAGUUGCAUUUAUCUUGCAUCAUGCAGUGGCCAUCUUGAAACAGUUAAAUAUCUUUUCUCAGUUGGAGCUGAUCCAAAUGAAAGAGAAAAUACUGGAUGCCCUCCAAUAAUUAUUGCAUCACAAGAAGGUCAUCUUGAAGUAGUUAAAUAUCUUAUUCAAUGUGGAUGUAAUAAAAAUGAUAAAACAGAUUAUAACAGUUCUUCACUUCAUUGGGCAGCAGAGAAUGGUCAUUUUGAAGUUGUUGAAUAUUUAGUUUCAAUUGGUGUCAAUCUUAAUGAUAAAGACAAUGGUGGAAAAACAGCACUUGAUUUGGCAAAAGAAAAACAAUACGAGAAUGACAACUACAGAAAGAUCGUCGAUCUUCUAAAUCGAUCGGGUGCAAAAUAA